UUCCUUGGUAACCGUUUGUUUUUGGGACACCGGGGCUGCUCUCCGUUUAAUAGUUUGCACAUUCGGUAAAUAUGUUCGGGGCUCCUGUGGACUUUUCUUUUAAAGAUCUGACUUCAGUAGAAGAUGUUCUAUCAGAAGAGCCGAACAACGGAGCUCAUGCACCUUGGAGAAACGCAGAGGGGAAGUUUGCUAGUCAAGUUCUCCGUCUCAACAACAACCUUUUAUCGAACAUCACUGGACUUAUGGAGACGCUGUGUGCUUUAUUCGCUGAGCCAAAACGCCUCGCCUGGCUCGACUUGUCCUUUAACAACAUCACACACAUUUCCCCGGUCCUUACUGAGCUGGUAGAGUUGCGUGUGUUGUAUCUCCAUGGCAACAAAGUGUGUAAUUUCUCGGAGGUGGACAAACUUGGGACAUUACCACUCCUGCACACCAUCACACUACACGGAAACCGGUUUAAGAAUGAGCAGGGCUACAGGCACUACGUGAUCGCUACUCUUCCUCACCUGAAGAUGAUGGACUUCAGUGCCGUCACCAAACAGGAACGAGUCAUGGCCUCUAUCUGGAACAGACCGAAAAGAAGCCGCAAACCUACAGAUCGCAGAAGAGAAAACAUUUAAGAAGAUGGCAUUUGCAUUCAGAAGACA